CAGGUUAGGCGAUUUUUUCUCAAGUUGUGAGAACAGGUGCUGAGUUUCUUGGACCAGUUUGUUUGUUUGAUGAUAUAAUGUUUCCAUAUUGUUUAAUAAAUCUUUCCAUUCGUGUUUUAACAUCCACGAAAGUAAUGACGUGGACAAACAAUACUAUCACAGCGAGUGUACUGUAACAGUGGUUAUCAAAGUCUACUAUUUGUAACUUUGCAUAGUAAACAAGAUCAUAACCGUAAGAAGUAUUGCAUCAAUAAACGAUUACAAAUCAUCUAGAAUUAAUAAAUGUUCCUUCCAAAAUUGAAAAAAAUAUACAAAUAUAUAUUUUUAAAUCUAUCCAACGAAUCAUGAAAUGAUACUUUCUAUUUCCACUACAGGGAAACUACUGACAUCUUUAUAUUUCGUAGUGUAUACGGAACAAUUUUCUAUAGAAACAACCAAGUAGUGUCAGUUGAUUAAAGAAAUAAUUAAACGAUUUAUUGCGUUGAUAUUUUAUUCUUUCUGUAAAAUAUAAUGUUUACAAUUUAUGAGCAUUUUCAGUGACAAUUUCUUUGUAAUAAUGGAAGAUAUCAAGUGGGAUUAACGACUGUAAAAAUAGUACACAAUUUGUGAAUACGAAAUACAAUUACUAAUCGUUGCAAAUGGAUAUCGGUGAAUUACUUUCGUAUAAACCGCCGAAUACACCAAAAAGACCAGUAGCGGGGGAAGAAGACGACGAAGAUGAAUGGGAAAAUGCUAAGAAACCUAAACGGGUUAUUAAAACUCCGUAUCAUCCGCGUCAAAGACAAACAAGAGAAAUUGAAGUCACUCCAGUCAGAAGUAGUGAACCACCUACACCUAUUAGAGCCGCUUUGCCUUCACCAGCGAAUGAUGUAGUUGAACCACAAUUGACAGAGAAGGAAAAGCAAGAUAUUUUAAAAUAUGUUGAGACUGAAGCUCCAGAAGUUGAAGCAUUGGAUGAAGCAACGCUUAAAAGAAUGGUACUUCUGUUUGAGAAAAGAGCACUGAGGAAUCAAGAAAUGAGAGUGAAGUUCCCUGAUCAACCAGAAAAAUUUAUGGAAUCUGAGGUCGAACUGCAUGAAACUCUUCAAGAACUUCAUGUAGUUGCUACUAAUCCAGAUCUUUAUCCAUUAAUGGUAGAGUUGGGUGCUGUACCUUCUUUACUGGAAUUAUUAUCACACGAGAACACAGACAUAGCAGUCGGUGUUGUUGACCUUCUGCAAGAAUUAACGGAUGUAGAUAUUUUACAUGAAAGUCAAGAGGGAGCAGAUACACUCAUUGAUGCAUUAUUAGAGCAACAAGUUUGUGCACUUCUUGUACAAAAUUUAGAAAGGCUGGAUGAAUCUGUGAAAGAAGAAAGUGAUGGAGUUUAUAAUACUUUAGCCAUCUUUGAAAAUCUUUUGGAAUUUAGACCCGAUUUAUGUGCUGAUGCAGGAAAACAAGGAUUAAUGCAGUGGUUAUUGCGUAGAAUUAAAACAAAAGCACCAUUUGAUGCCAAUAAACUUUAUGCUAGCGAACUGUUAUCCAUUCUUUUGCAGAGUACUGCAGAAAAUAGACUUCUUCUUGGAGAACUUGAUGGAAUUGAUGUGUUGCUACAACAGUUAGCGUAUUAUAAAAGGCAUGAUCCCCAAACAGCUGAAGAACAAGAAAUGAUGGAAAAUUUAUUUAAUGUAUUAUGUUCAUGCUUAAUGGCAACAGUGAACCGAGAUAGAUUUUUAAGAGGGGAGGGAUUGCAACUUAUGAACUUAAUGUUGAGGGAAAAGAAAAUGUCCAGAAACGGAUCUCUUAAGGUAUUAGAUCAUGCAAUGAAUGGUCCAGAUGGAAAAGAUAACUGUAGUAAAUUUGUUGAUAUUCUUGGAUUGAGAACUAUAUUUCCCUUGUUUAUGAAAACACCAACAAAAAAUAGGAAGAAAAUGCUUACUGCAGAAGAACAUGAGGAACAUGUAGUAUCGAUCAUUGCUAGUAUGUUAAGGAAUUGCAAAGGUCAACAACGUCAAAGAUUAUUGAGUAAAUUUACUGAAAACGAUUAUGAGAAAGUAGAUCGAUUAAUGGAGCUUCAUUUCAAAUACUUGGAGAAAGUAGAAGAAGUUGAAAAGAACACUAAGGAAGAUGAAGAUGAAGAAGAAUCGUACCUGAGAAGAUUGGAUGGCGGAUUAUUCAUUUUACAGUUAGUAGACUAUGUACUAUUAGAAGCUUGUACCGGUUGUCCACCGGCAGUGAAACAGAGAGUUACGCGAAUUUUAGCACAAAGAAGAGCUUCCCUCAAAACAAUUAGACACAUUAUGAGAGAAUACGCUGGAAAUCUCGGUGACGCUGGUGACACGGAAUGGCGAGAAGCGGAGCAACAACACAUAUUACAACUAAUUGACAAGUUUUGAUGUACACUUCUUAAUGAAGAAUUUCAAAAUUUGGACUUCGUCGGUGUAUUUAAAUCGUUAUCGAAAGUUAUAUUCCUAUCCUUUCUCGGUACAUGAUACGGAUUCGACAUAUAAAGAAGUUCUUUCCUGCACACGGGAAAAGUAGAGUUCCUCUUACGUGUGGAGCAAUUGUUUAAAAUGCGCGAUACAUCAAUCGAUCGACGACGUAUCGAUAAGCUCGUUGUUUUUUCCCCGCAACACAAUAUCCCGUCAAAAUCCGUUCUUAUCGGGUGACAUCUGUAAAAAAAUUCGCAGUUUUACAGAUUUUUUUAAUCGGAGAAGUGUUUAAUCGCCUAUUAAUGAAAUAUUUGGAUACCAUAUCGUAGAUGUACG